AUGCGCUUCAACCGCUGGCAACGAGAGAUCAAGCCAGAGAACCAGAACCACACUGAGACCACAAAGAACACGGCGCCGGCCCAUACGUCUCCAGAGCCGACGGGCAUCCCUGAAUCGGGGAUGGUCACGUCUGCUAUCAACGUGGCACGGGCAGCCGAUACAAUGAUGAAGUCUCAGCAACAAGCCGCCCCGGAGGCGAUCUCAGAUCAUUCCGGCACUGGCGCAAAGCCGGAGCAUGGCCUGCCCAGUCCUUCGCACCAGUAUACAAAGAGCACAUGUUCGAAGACCGCCAUCACUCAAUUCCAACCCCACACUCAUCAUUCUACUCCUUCUUCAAGCCCUUUGAUUUCGGCUGCCCAAGUCGGAUCUUAUGGUGUGUCCGAGACCCAGGCCGGCUCUUGUGGCGGGCGUCCUGCCUCGAGGGCAAAAGCUCCAUGCCGGCAGUGCAUAGAAGCGAAGAUGCGACAGCAAGCUGCCAACAUAGCUGCUGCCACUAGCCUCCCACCCGUUCCGAUGACCCAGGCGCCGAACCAGACCUCUGUUCCAUCAUCCACCAUUCAGCAACCCUGGGCAAACCUCCUCGGACUCAAUCCUUACCAUAAUGCAAUGGCUGGAUCCAUGUACGGCCCAUUCCUCCAGCAGCCUUUGAUGGCUGGUGCUUCCAGUCCGUUUGCUAUCCCUUCGCAACAGUCACAUCUGACUUCCGGACUUUCUCCACAACAGUCAGGUGGAAGCAUGUUUCAUUUCGGAUCUGUGUCGCCCAUGCCGCAAACACAGACAUUUGUCACGCAGCAGCCGAUUAGCAAACCGAUUAAAGCAGCGAACGGAAACCCAAAGGCACAGAUUACAAGGAUCCCCGACACGCAGUCAACCACGAAACACAUCAUUGUCGACAUUGCCGACACGUGUCUCAACGUAUUUCCCUUUGCCGAGCUGGCAAAGCGACAUAACCAGCCGGAGCAAAAAGUCAGAGACAUAUUCUCCGCCGUAAUACAGGUGCCUCUGCUCCGCUGUCCCACAGACAAGAGACGAGCCGGCAAGCUGGGCACUGCUCGGGUCAAGGAGUUCAACCAGGCGAAGAAGGAGAUGCAGGCGCAGCAGGACAACGUGGGUCAACCUCGUCAGGGCUCUCCGAACCAGAUUGUGUUUAUGCCGUCUGCCUGGGAUGUCGCGCAGUUCAUGGGUCCAAGCGAUGUGCGGCACGGUGGGCUUCCUCAGUAUUCGGGGGCGUGGUGA